CACACUAAAAUCUUCAAUUGGUAGAACCAAGCAGGUGACAUCUGGACUUCCAUUCCUUCUUCCCCCUCUUUUUUUCUUUUCACAAGAUAUUCUCAUAGAUACUGUGCUGGGAAGCCUCUUUCCUGAAAAAGGCGAGCUCUUGGCUGUGAUAUUGCAUUGCAGUCAUGGCGCCUAAGAAGAAGAAUGUCAAAAAGAACAAGACAGAUAUCAAUGAAUUGACCAUCAUAGUGGAGGAUGGGCCACUCAGCAAGCUCAAUGGAUUGAAUACCUUCCUAGAAGGAGGCAACGGCUUCAGUUGUGUUUCCACAGAAGUUUCUGAUGCUUUCUAUAGUCCCAACCUCUUGGAAGGUUUGUGCAGGAUGAGAAUGGAAAAUUUUCUCUGUGAUUUAAUAAUUGGUACCAAAACCAAGUCCUUUGAUGUUCACAAGGUGGUGAUGGCAUCAUGCAGUGAUUACUUCCAUAGCAUCCUAAAGAAAGAUCCAUCAACUCAAAGAGUGGACCUCAAUGACGUAUCCCCACUGGGCCUAGCCACUGUGAUUGCAUACGCCUAUACUGGAAAACUUACACUAUCCCUGUAUACUAUAGGUAGUAUCAUCUCCACAGCCAUUUAUCUUCAGAUACAUACCCUUGUGAAGAUGUGCAGUGACUUUCUCAUGCAAGAAAUCAAUGUAGAAAAUUGCAUGUAUGUUGCCAACAUUGCAGAGACAUAUGGACUGAAAACUGCUAAGGAAGCAUCACAGAAAUUCAUUAGAGACAACUUCAUUGAGUUUUCUGAAUCAGAUAAUUUCUUAAAGCUGACUUUUGAACAGAUCAACGAACUUCUUGCAGAUGAUGACUUGCAGUUGCCUUCUGAACUUAUUGCAUUCCAGAUUGCAAUGAGAUGGCUGGAAUUUGACCAAAAAAGAACUAAGUAUGCUGCAGAUCUUUUGAGCAACAUUCGGUUUGGCACCAUCUCUGCCCAGGACCUGGUGAAUUAUGUUCAGACUGUACCAAGAAUGAUGCUAGAUACGGAUUGCCACAGACUUCUGGUAGAUGCCAUGAAUUACCACUUACUUCCUUACCACCAGAAUACUCUGCAGUCAAGAAGAACCAGGAUUCGAGGAGGAUUACGAGUCCUAGUUACAGUUGGGGGACGUCCAGCUUUAACAGAAAAAUCCCUUAGCAGAGACAUUUUAUACCGAGAUCCUGACAAUGGGUGGAAAAGACUUACAGAGAUGCCUGCCAAAAGCUUUAACCAGUGUGUCACUGUGAUGGAUGGAUUUCUCUAUGUAGCAGGUGGUGAAGACCAGAAUGAUGCCAGAAAUCAGGCAAAGCAUGCAGUCAGCAAUUUUUGCAGGUACGAUCCUCGCUUCAGCACUUGGAUACAUCUGGCCAAUAUGAAUCAAAAGCGCACUCAUUUUAGUCUGAAUGUGUUCAACGGUCUCCUUUUUGCAGUCGGGGGUCGCAAUUCUGAAGGGUGUCUCUCUUCGGUUGAAUGUUAUGUCCCUACAAUUAACCAGUGGCAGCUGAAGUCUCCACUGGAGAUGCCCAGGUGCUGCCAUGCUAGUGCAGUAGUAGAUGGUAGGAUCUUGGUCACAGGAGGCUACAUCAAUAAUGCUUACUCCCACUCAGUUUGCAUGUACGACCCUGCUAGUGACAGCUGGCAAGACAAGGCCAGCCUUAGCACCCCGAGAGGAUGGCACUGUGCCAUUACCCUAGGGGAAAAGGUCUACGUGAUGGGAGGAUCCCAACUAGGAGGCAGAGGGGAAAGAGUUGAUGUGCUUCCUGUUGAAUGCUAUAGUCCAUAUUCUGGCCAGUGGAAUUAUGUUGCUCCUCUUCCCACUGGUGUGAGCACUGCUGGUGCUUCUAAUCUUAAUGGAAGAAUUUACUUAGUGGGAGGCUGGAAUGAAAUAGAAAAGAAAUACAAGAAAUGUAUUCAGUGUUAUAACCCCGACCUUAAUGAAUGGACCGAUGAAGAUGAGCUACCUGAAGCCACCGUAGGAGUGUCAUGCUGCACUAUUGCCAUGCCCAACACUAAGACCAGGGAAUCGAGAUCUAGCUCAGUAUCUUCAGUACCAGUUAGUAUUUAAGUUCUUUUUUUAAUUAACACCCCCCAUGAAUUUAAAAAGCUAUUCUAAAUUUUUAAAAUAUUUCUUUCCCACUACUGGGUUGUAAUCCCUUUUAAGAAGUGUCCCUAUCAAAGGGAUUGAGGAGAAAAACAUUAAACACUGUUCGCAUGGAUUUCAGUUUCAUAAAAUGAAAAGUGGCCAAUUUUCAUGGGAUUGAAAACACAUGGUAUGACCAAAGAAAUUCAAAUCUAAUACAUUUUAUGCAGUACAAAUGUGCACCAUAAGACAAAGGCCUCUGAUCCAUUGAUCAUAACAGAGCAAAGUUCCUUACUUCCUGUGGGACCUCUUGUUCAGAUUCUGCAAUCGAUUUAGAAAAACAUGUUUCCAAGCAGAUGGCUCAAAGCAUGGCUGAUUAGAAGGCACCGUUCAGUUAAGUUUUCCUCCAGAGGGGCAAAGGUAAAAGAUGGAGCAAUAUAUCAGAACUACAAAUGGAAGGCUAACGUUUCUAAAAUCCAUGGGCAUCUGUAGUUGGGAGCAAAUGACAUCAUGCUCAUCAUAUUAUCAUAGGACAAAGGACAUGAAUUAUAUAAUUUGCAUCAAAGACACAACUGACGUCAAUUACAGAAUUCACAUUAUUUGCAUGUUGACACCAGUGAUGUCAUUCUGGCUUCUUACAGACAUCUCUAUUGGAAUCCUCUGCAAUCUUCUAUGAAUGAAACAAAAUAAUGAGAUUUAUCUAGAAGCAAAUAUUAUUUUAAAUAAGGAUUUAUUCCUAGAAUGCAGUGCUUUGCUUUACUAUUGUUUACUGAAUAAAUCAUAAUUGGCUGAGCUACAGUCAGCUAAAUCAUUGCUUACAAAAGUUAGUGGCUCAAUUCCCAUGACAUGCUAAAUCACAGGCAAAUCACAUAUAGCAAGUUAUAUGAAUCCACCUAUAAGCUAUAAGAAGGCAUGAAAAUAGAUUUCUCUAUAAAUAUGAGAAAUAUAGAUACAAGUAAAAUCUAAAACUAUAUCAUAUUUCUGCAGCGCCUGGGACCAUGUCAACAUUUCAGUAAAAUGUUUACAUGAAACAAUAAAUUUUACCCUGUGGUUAGGCUUAUGAAACUGUGGUUAUGCUAACCCAAGGUCUGCACAAAGUCAGAUGAUAGAUCAACUGAAU